GGUGAGGGUAACUCUCCAAGCCCGCCCCUGCGCGCGGACCCAGAGCGGCGCUCUUGGGUUCCCAAUCGUCAGACAGCCGGUUGCCCCGGGGAUCGCGGUGAGAUGGGAGGGCGCAGUGAGCUGAACGGAGCAGGAGAGAGUGGAGAGGUCUAAUCUCUUGUUUUUCUCCACUGGAAAAGAGGGUCCACGAGGGCUCCAGGUAGAAGCACCCGAAAGAGACGGCAGCCCAAAAGAGGGAUCACGACAAAGCGAACUAAAUCCAUCUCGGCCCUCCACUGAACACGCAGUGUGCCCUCUUCUGUGCCCCCACCCGCUCGAUCCAGGUAUAGAUAGCUCUAGGUCCAAGCGUAAGGUACCUGCCCUGCGGUCCGGAGCCAGCGCAGCAUGGAAGCCACUAACCUCUCUGCGACCACCAAUGGCAUCGCUCUUCUCCUAGGACCUGAGAAUUGCAGCAGUAGCCCAACCCCCGGCGGGGUCGUUGGAUCCACCCCAGGAGGCGCGGACCUGCCUGGCCGGGAGCUGCCCUUCUCUGUUUUCACUGUGCUGGUGGUGACGCUUCUCGUACUGCUGAUCGCGGCCACUUUCCUGUGGAAUCUGCUGGUUCUGGUCACCAUCCUGCGUGUUCGCGCCUUUCAUCGCGUGCCGCAUAACUUGGUGGCCUCGACGGCCGUAUCGGACGUACUAGUGGCAGCGCUGGUGAUGCCACUGAGCCUGGUGAGCGAACUGUCGGCCGGGCGACGUUGGCAGCUGGGUCGCAGCCUGUGUCAUGUGUGGAUCUCCUUCGACGUGCUGUGCUGCACCGCCAGUAUCUGGAAUGUGGCGGCCAUCGCUCUGGACCGAUACUGGACCAUCACGCGUCACCUGCAAUACACGCUACGCACCCGCCGCCGAGCCUCAGCUGUCAUGAUCGCACUCACCUGGGCACUAUCUGCGCUCAUUGCCCUCGCCCCGCUGCUCUUCGGUUGGGGCGAGGCGUAUGAUGCUCAGCUCCAGCGCUGUCAGGUGAGCCAGGAACCUUCCUACGCCGUCUUCUCCACCUGUGGCGCUUUUUACCUGCCCCUUGGCGUGGUGCUAUUUGUCUACUGGAAGAUCUACAAGGCGGCCAAGUUUCGCUUCGGUCGCCGCCGCCGGGCUGUGCAGCCCUUGCCCUCCACCACGCAGGUGAAGGAGGCACCUCCCAAGGCCGAGACGGUGUUCACAGCACGUUGCCGAGCAACUGUGACCUUUCAGACCAGUGGAGACUCCUGGCGGGAGCAGAAGGAGAAGCGAGCAGCCAUGAUGGUGGGGAUUCUGAUUGGUGUGUUUGUACUGUGCUGGAUCCCCUUCUUCCUGGCGGAGCUCAUCAGCCCCCUUUGUGCCUGCAGCUUACCCCCCAUCUGGAAAAGCAUAUUCCUGUGGCUUGGCUACUCCAAUUCUUUUUUCAACCCCUUGAUUUACACAGCUUUUAAUAAGAACUAUAACAAUGCUUUUAAGAGCCUCUUUACCAAGCAGAGAUAAAAGGGAUUGGAGAGAAAUGGGGAGACAGGGGAAAAGGAACUCAUAUCUCCCCUCUUCACCAGUGAUCUGGGAGCUGACCCUCCAUAGCUGAGUAGUAAUGACAUUUUGAGAGUCAUAUUAUUGGGCCUAGAAUGUGGAAGCAGCAGUGUCAAAUGCUCUCACAAAGGAAGGACAGCAAAUAUACGGCCAGCAUAAAACUGCCUUCUUCCCGUACACAUGGCAGACAUUGCUAAUGGAUCAUGGUACCUUUCCCCAUAGAGCAGGAUUUCACUCAGAAUUCUUCAGGACUGUACUUUAGUUAGUUAUUGCUAAUUGGUUAGAACGGACACGAGAGUCAAAGUUGAUUUGACUCCUCUUUGUUUAAUACUCCAUUCCUCAGUGAGGAUAUCAAGCCUCUUGGGAGACUCUCUGCUUUGGGAGUCCCACCCUUUAUUCACUGGACUCAGCUUACCUUCUUCAAGACUCUCACAUAUCCCCCGAGGGCCCUGUAUUCCAAUUUGCAAGAAAAUGAGGAUCAUUUAAAGUUUUAAGUAUUCAGUGCAACCCAUACCAACUGAACCAGACUCUCAAAGUGGUACACUGGUGAUGUAUGUAUGACAUUCUCUCAAUUUUCUUUUUUUAAAAUCAGUGAGAGAUUGUUUCCAUCACCUUUUUUGCUGCUGCAACCGAAAAGACCUGACAAGGACAAUUAGCGGAGGAAGGUUAUUUUGAGGAUCAAGAUUUCAGAGGUCUCAGUUCAUAGACAGCCAGUUCUAGUCCUUGAGGUGAGGCAGAACAUCGUGCUGAUGAGCAUGGUGGAGGAAAAUAGCUGGGGACGUGACUCCAGGAAGCAGAACGAGCAAGAACCCUUAAGGACAAAAUAUAUACCCAAAGUCAUGCUUCCAGGGACCCAUCUCCUCCAGCCACACCCUGCCUGCCUAUAGUUACAACUCAGUUAAUCCCAAUCAGUGGAUUAAUGCACUGAAUAGGCUAAAGCUCUCAUAACCCAAUCAUUUUUCCUCUAAACCUUCUUGAAUUGUCUCACAUAUGAGCUUUUGGAGGACACCCCACAUGUAAACCAUAACAGAUGCUGCUGGAUUCUUAGGUUGCUUUUUAGACUAAUUAAACUGGAAUUUCUGGGGGAUGAACAAACAGCAGCACUUCUUAAAGCUUGUCAUAUGAUUCCAGUGUGUGGACAGAGUAAAGCCCUGGUGAGGUCUUUUCUUUGCUUCUUUACAACAAGGAAGGAGAACAACGAGAAAUGUUCCCAUAUUACUUCACCAUACUGACUUGUAUGUAUAAUAAAAACACCUUUGAGGCAUUCCUG